AUGGAAGCGCACUACAGCCCAGAACUCCUGGGCUCAAGCGAUCCUCCUGCCUCAGCCUCCCGAGUAGCUGGGAUUACAGGCACGCGCCACCGCGCCCGGCUGUUGUCUUGUUUUUAA